AUGGAACAACCCCAGCCAUCCAAGAAGCGGCGGCUUAUGCCAAAGGAGUCGCCGUCAAAUCACACCACACAACCGGCUCCUUUCCCCCAUGAAUCGCCUCAGCAGCACCCAACCCAGGAGGCCCCUCCAGCCGAACGCCAUGACUUCGAAUCCUUCGCGAGGCAUCUUCAAGAUGCUGCCAUGCUGAUCCAGCGCCAAACCGAGCGCGCACCCUACGAUAGCGUUUCUGUGCUUCUACUGCGCUGGGAGGAGGAUACCUCGGUCGAGGCUGAUUUGACGGCUUUGGAAAACAUACUACGAGACCGAUACAACUACCAGACGAAUCGAUGGGCCAUCCCGACCGUACCCAACCCCAGCAUCAAGCUUGGGGUUCAGAUGGCUUCUUUUCUCGAACAUGCCCGACCAAAUCACUUGCUGAUCAUCUACUACGCCGGUUAUGCAUAUGUUGGAUCAGAUAACCAGCUCUACUGGGCUUGCAAUAUCCGAGAAGAUGCCGCAAAGCUCAAGUGGGACGGUGUACGCUGCCUGUUUGAAGAUGCUCAGUCCGAUAUUCUGUUGUUGCUCGACGCCUGCUCCGUUCGUGAUAUACCCGUGUCUGGAAGCCAUGGCAUCAAGCAAGCCAUUGCAGCUGGCGGUCCUGAGCAGAAUCCCAGAGAGGCUGCGGGCAAAUCUUUCACAUAUCACUUGAUUGAAGCUUUGCACAAGCUGAGCAUUGCGGGCAGACCAUUCAGUGUACCGAGGCUACACGAGGAGAUUGUCCAGUUGAGGCAGCAGGAAACCGCACAAGCAGCUAAACUCACAAACGGUGCCACCAAAACUCCGCCACCAUCACCGCAACUUCCCAUUUGCUUCACACUUACACCUGGAAAAGGUCAAAGUCUGAGCUUAGCUCCCUUGCCUGCUCGGGCGGGUCAACAGCAAUCGCCGCGCAAUGGGUCUGAUGGGGAAUCACUGUCGAGGGAUGUGCGCGAAGACCAGCUCAUUGACCCUGAAUCUGUUGCUGAUUUACGUUUCGAUGAGCCACGAGUGCUUGUGUGCACCACAUUUGUGGGAGAUGCCAGUCCAGACAUGUCUUUCUUCAAUGGCUGGCUUCACAACACGCCACCCUUGGCUGCCAAGAUCGAGGUUGAGGGAAUGUUUCUCGGUCCGCCCACCAUGCUUCUAAUAUCAAUGCCCCAUUCAAUAUGGAACGUCGUACAGCACGAUAAGGUCUGCUGUUUCCUGGGAUACAUCACAUCACAUAACAUGAUUCACCUGUACCAGAAGCUCAAAGGCUCUGCCGGGAUCCCUAAAGUUACAGCAAAGGAAGUCGAGGACGGACGCAUCUUGUUGGAAGCGCGAGAGCUGGCGGCAAGUACACCAUCUAUGCACCAGCGCUCAUUAGACAGCAAAGACGCAUCUUUCCACGAAACGGCGAACCGCGUCGAAACCACGCCGGCCAGCGUACCGUUUGCAGCGGCUGCCGCUGCUGCUGCAGUUGUUGAUGGCAAGGACGAUGUUGAGGAUUCGGCCGAGAUGCAGGAAGCGGCAGAGCAGCUGAAAGCUCUCAGCCAUGUUCGCCACUUGAGCGAUGAGGCACCGCCAGCCGUGGAGCGGCAACGUACGACUCUACCAGAUGGGGCGAUGCCUGCAAACCACGAGGAUACCGGUUCAUCCCACGAUGCGAAUGAGUCUGGUGCAGACGACACGAUGCAUUCGAUUGACAUGAGUACACCCAAUGCGAAGGCCAAGCAUCGACGAUCCUUGCAGAAAGCGACACCGAAGCAAGAGGCGAGGUGCACGUUAUGUACUCAUGCUCCCUUUAAGGAUUCGUCGUCACUGCGCAAACAUAUUGCGGCCGCGCAUACAAGGCCGUUCCCUUGUGCCUUCUCGUUCGCAGGCUGUACGAGCACCUUUGGCUCCAAGAAUGAGUGGAAGCGUCACAUUGCUUCCCAACAUCUCUGUUUGCAAUACUAUCGGUGCUCGUCCUGUCCACAGAGCACAGUCGAGGGCAAGGGCAACGAGUUCAACCGGAAAGAUCUCUUCACCCAACAUCUUCGUCGCAUGCAUGCGCCUUUCGCGAUCAAGAAAGCCAUUGCCAAAGGAGACAGUAAAUUGCAAGUUGAGUGGGAAGGUCACGUCAAGGAGAUGCAGACAACUUGCCUCGUCACACGCCGGUCGCCACCUCAGAGGUCGGCAUGUCCCAAAUCAGAUUGCCAAGUCGUCUUUGAAGGGCCUGGUUCUUGGGACGAAUGGACAGAACAUGUUGGCAGACAUAUGGAGAAGGGUGAGGGCCAGCGACUCGGUGUUGAUCGGCUGCUGGCAAAGUGGGCUUUUGAAGAAGGUAUCAUCGAGCGGAAAGACGACGGCGAGUAUCGUCUUUGUGCCGGAAACGGCCCUGGCAACGGUGGUGGCCCUAUCGGUGGAGACUCGAAAGACUCGAUAUCGGUGGCAUACCCUGAACCGAAAUUGGAUGUUGAAGAAACAACUGAGAUCAAGGACACUGCCGAGGACAAGAUGGAAGUGGACGGCUAG